ACCUCUUUUUGGGCUCUAUAUCCCUCUCUCGGGUUUUUUCUUUUAGGUGUUUUUAAAACCUCUCUCUCGCUUUUUUUUGUGUUUUUUUUUUCAAACCUUUCUCUUUUUUUGUUUUGCGUGUCAGUGUGUCUCCCCAAGGGCCACCUUGGGGGCUUUGCGGUUUAUUUGAGGGGCUUUUUUGAUUUGAGGAGGGUUUUGAGUUUUUUUGCAUUACCUUUUGGCGUUUUUUUUGGGAAUGGGGUUAAAGAUGGUUUUGUCUUUCAACAUUGUUAUUGGGAGGCCUACUUUGAUCAAGAUUGGAGCUGUUGUUUCACAAUCCCAUAUAUGCAUGAAGUUUCCUACACCCAUGGGAGUGGCCACUCUCAUAGGCAAUCAAGAAAUAGCAAGACAUUAUUAUAUGACCUUUGUCACCCAACCUCGAAAAGAUAAAGAGGCACCUCAGCUAUUAGAGCCACCUCAACCGAAGGCUCCAAGCAACCAACAGGUAAUGGGUGUAGAGUUGCUAGAUAACAACCCUGAAGAUGAGACUAGGGCCACCCUGGUGGAAGAAGUGGAAGAAGUGUGGAUUAAUGAUAGUGAUCCUACCAAGAAGACUCAUCAAGGAAGAAGUGUAGAAGCUCUUACAAGCCGGAUUUGUGAGAAGGUAGACUAUUGUGAAUGGUUCGCUAAUCUCGUUUUGGUGAAGAAGUCAAAUGACAAAUGGAGGAUGUGCAUUGACUGCACCAAUCUCAAUGAUGCUUGUCCCAAGGACUGCUAUCUCAUGCCCAGCAUAGACAAGCUAGUAGAAGCUGGCUCAAGGAUUGAAAGGUUGAGUCUUUUAGAUGCUUACUCGGGGUACCACCAGGUCCACAUGGCACCCGAAGAUGAGGGGAUAGAAGUCAAUUAUGAAAAGAUAAAAGCAAUAGGAAAGAGGAAACCAUCGAGGUCAAUCAAGGAUGUGCAGCACUUAAUGGGAUGGGAAACAACUCUGCAUAGGUUCAUCUCUAAGUCAACAGACAAAUGCAUGCCCUUCUUCAAAACCUUGAGCUCUGCAGCCCAUAAGGAUAAAGCGAGGAAGCCCAAGAAGUUUGAAUGGACUUUAGAGUGUCAAGCGACCUUCGAUGAGCUUAAGGCAUACCUCAGCUCGCCGCCUCUGCUGAUCAAGGUUGAAGAGGGGGCUGAGCAGAGGUACUCCAUAGCAGAAAUGGCAGCUUUGCCAGUUGUCACAACGGCUAGGAAGCUGAGGCCAUACUUUCAAUGCCACCAUAUUGUUGUGAACUCAAGCGAUGAAGCAGAGCUAUGUACUCUUUAUGUUGAUGGGUCAUCCAGCAACAAAGGGUCGAGUGCUGAAGCAGUGUUGAUUGGACCUAAGAAUUUUCGAAGUGUGCACGCAUUGAAGUUAAAUUUUGAGGCAACAAAUAACAUGGCUGAGUAUGAGGCGUUGCUCCUUAGACUUCAUUUAACAACUGAGCUCAAGUGCCAUUUUGAGAGAUUUCAACUCACAAAGGUCCCAAGAGCAGAGAAUGAACAUGCAGAUUCCUGGUCAAAGUUACCUUUUGAUAGCUCUAGUGGAGUGAGAUCUGUCUAUGUCAAAGUCUUCAAUGAAUCGAGCUUCCAAGCGUGGAGGGUGAUGGAGAUUAGUUCUGAUCCUAAAACUCUUAGCUGGACAGAUCCAUCAAAGCAUACCUCUAAAAUGGUACUUCAGCAACGAUACUACUGGCCUAAUAUGCAAGAAGAUGUGAAAAGAUAUGGGAUACCGAACCAGAUCAUUGCUGAUAAUGGACCUCAAUUCAAUUGCACUUCUUUCAAAGACUUUUGUUCCAAUUAUGGAAUUAAACUAGUAUUCACUUCAGUUUACCACCUCGAGGCGAAUGGAAUGGUCGAAUCAGUCAAUAAAGCUAUCUUAGAAGGAAUCAAACUCAGGUUGGAUCAACUCAAAGCGAAAUGGGUAGACAAGCUCAAUAAUGUCCUUUAGGCUUAUCAAACCACGAGUCGAACAGCUACAUGUACGCAACUAGUUCCAAUCUCCUUUUCGCUUUUGUCUGAGGUCAUAAGUAACUAUGUAAACCCUAACUGCUUGUUUGGAGGGCUGGACAAAUUGCGGGAUUGGAUAAAAAAUUAUCUUGUCC